AUGAAAAACAAACCAUUUUCUUCGGAAGAUACUAGACCUACGAAAAGAGCUCGCGCGUGGGAUGAUUACGAAAAGAAUCGAAUCGAAUCCGCCUUUAGCGUGUGGGGAGCGGGGUCCAUUCCUCAACCGGACUUAUCGUACUUCGUCUUCAAGAUUUUCAAAGAGCACGAUGUGGAAUUCAUUCGAGCACCUUAUUCCGCAUUGGGACAG